CCCUUUAUCAGAAUUAUGCGAAUAAUUUUUUGCAUUUUAGUUUUCUUACUCUUGGAUGGUGUGUUUGGUGUGGAUGUGAAGUCAGUGAUGGAGGGAGAUUCUGUUACUCUACAGACUGAUCUUACUGAAAUAAAGAGAGAUGAUUUAAUAACAUGGACAUUUGGAACUGAAAACACUCGUAUAGCUCAGAUCAAUGGAUUGAUUAAUAUGGUUUAUGAUGGUCCUAAUGGGAUAUUCAGAGACAGACUGAAGCUGGAUCAUCAGACUGGAUCUCUCACCAUCACAAACAUCACAACUGAACACUCUGGACUUUACAGUGUUUUUCAGUUCACUGAUGGAAAAGAACCAAAGAAAUUCAGUAUUAUUGUUUUUGCUCGUCUGCCUGUUCCUGUCAUCAGCAGUAACUCUUCACAAUGUUCAUCAUCCUCAUCAUAUUGUUCAUUGGUGUGUUCAGUGGUGAAUGUGAGUGAUGUGACUCUCUCCUGGUACAAAGGAAACAGUUUAUUGUCCAGCACCAGUGUGUCUGAUCUCAGCAUGAGUCUCUCUCUACCUCUGGAGGUGGAAUAUCAGGAUAAAAACACCUACAGCUGUGUGAUCAACAAUCCCAUCAGCAACCAGACUCAACAUCUGGACAUCAGCAAACUCUGUCAACCAUGUUCUGCACAAGGUUUGACCACAGGUCAGUUAGUGCUGGUUUACUUUUUUGCCCUGGCUGUCGUUGCAGUUUUCUGUGUUUUCUAUUGCUAUUACUACAGGAAGUCUAAAGAAGCAGCUAAUCAAGGCCAACCUGAUGGAGAAGAACAUAUUGAGCUACGUAAUGGUGAGAAACAGUUUAACUGUGGCUCUAUUCUGUUCACUGAGACAAAAAAACAUUUUUACAAAGAAAUCUAAAGUAAAACAUUAAAGGUGUUCAUUGAAUUAUGUGAUUAUUGUUAUGUGUAGUUCCUGAAAACACUGGGGGAGGCGAUUGACCAAACAGUGGUAAGAUACAGUAUCGUCAGGUCCAAAAGUCCACACUUUUCUUCUGUCUGAGAUCAU